AUGCAGAACUGCGCCAUGCAGAACUGUACCAUGCAGAGCUGUGCCAUGCAGAGCCGUGCCAUGCAGAACCACACCAUGCAGAACUAUGGCAUGCAGUGUUGUGCCAUGCAGUACUGUGCCAUGCAGAACCACACCAUGCAGAACUAUGGCAUGCAGUUCUGUGCCAUGCAGUGCUGUGCCAUGCAGAAAUAUGGCAUGCAGCGCUGUGCCAUGCAGCGCUGUGCCAUGCAGCGCUGUGCCAUGCAGAACUGUACCAUGCAGCGCUGUGCCAUGCAGAACCACACCAUGCAGAACCACACCAUGCAGAACUAUGGCAUGCAGUGCUGUGCCAUGCAGAACCACACCAUGCAGAACCACACCAUGCAGAACUGUACCAUGCAGCGCUGUGCCAUGCAGAACUGUACCAUGCAGCGCUGUGCCAUGCAGCGCUGUGCCAUGCAGCGCUGUGCCAUGCAGAACUGUACCAUGCAGUACUGUGCAAUGCAGAAAUGUACCACGCAGAACUGCGCCAUGCAAAACUGUACCAUGCAGAGCUGUACCAUGCAGUACUGUACCAUGCAGAGCUGUACCAUGCAGAGCUGUACCAUGCAGUGCUGUGCCAUGUAG